GUCACUCAGCCUCAUCGCGCGCUCCUCCGCGCAGCCUCCCUGCAUCCUCGCGCGAGCAUCACUACGCACCGAGCGGAGCAGCGACACCGAUCCCGACACCGAGCGGACAUCAGCGGGCGUAUGAGGUCUCAGUCUCCCGAACCGGCGGCUCGUUUUCGGUGAUUUCUCUCCGCGGCGCUUCUCUACGGAUGUGAAGUAACUGGGCCGAGGUUCGUCGGGUUCGUCUCCAUCAGUCUGCUGUUCUCCGUCAGGACCGCAUCCUGCACAAAACCACAAAAUGGCGGACAUCAUCGAGCUGGGACCCGCCUACGCCAUGUCUCCGGUCCUGGCGGGCUUCCUGGGAGCUGGAGUUCUGGUUCUGGUCGUGGUGGUUCUGGUUCUGCUCUGGUCCUUCUGUCAGCGCCGUUACCUGCGCAUCAGCGGGCGCUACAAGCUGCACGGGGACCGUUACUGUGACACUGAAGAUCCCCCCUAUAAGUUCAUCCACAUGCUGAAAGGCAUCAGCAUUUACCCAGAAUCCCUCAGCAGCAGCAAGAGGAUCGUACGGGGGAUCCGGCGCGUGGACCGCUCUGACCGUGAAGGAGAGCGCGGCGGCGCGGCUGCAGCAGGGCGGGGCAUGGUGCUGGUGGACGCAGAGAACAACAUCCUUGACGUCCCAGGGCAGCUGCAGAUGAGUCACCUCGUGCCCCCUGCCGGGUCAGGCCCCACCCACAGCCAGGCCCGGCUUGAACGGGCGCUGCCGGUCCGCGCCGACUACUGCUGCUUGGACAGCAGCUCCGCCAGCAGCAGCCAGACCAGCAGCAAGACGGUGUCCCCUUUCACUCCGGCUUCCUCUGAACCCGAGCCUGAGCCCAGCCUGGGCGCUAUCAGCCUCACCGUCGACUACAACUUUCCCAAGAAGGCCCUGGUUGUGACCAUUGUGGGGGCCCGGGGCCUCCCCGCCAUGGACGAGCAGGCAGGCAGCUCGGACCCAUACGUGAAGAUGACCAUCCUGCCUGAGAAGAAGCACCGCGUCAAGACCCGCGUGCUGAGGAAGACCCUGGACCCACUGUUCGACGAGACCUUCACCUUCUAUGGUGUGGCCUACAGCUCUCUGCCCGAGCUCACCCUCCACUUCCUGGUCCUUAGUUUUGACCGCUUCGCCCGCGAUGAUGUCAUCGGGGAGGCUGUGGUGCCUCUGAAGGGUGUGGACCCGAGCACGGGCCGAGUCCACCUGAGCCAGCAGAUCACCAAGAGGAACAUGCAGUGUGAGAGUCGUGGCGAGCUGCUGGCGUCUCUGUCCUACCAGCCGGUGUCUCAUCGUCUCAGCGUGGUCGUCCUGAAGGCUCGUCACCUCCCCAAGAUGGACAUCACCGGCCUGUCAGCAAACCCCUACGUGAAGGUGAACGUCUUCUACGGCCGCAAGCGCAUCGCCAAGAAAAAGACCCACGUGAAGAAGUGCACACUGAACCCGGUCUUCAACGAGUCCUUCAUCUACGACAUCCCGCCCGAGCUGCUGCCGGAGAUCUCCGUCGAGUUCCUGGUGGUCGACUUUGACCGGACCACCAAGAACGAGGUUCUGGGCCGCCUGCUGCUCGGCCUGCACAGCCCCGCCCCCUCCGGAGCGUCCCACUGGAGGGAGGUCUGUGAAAACCCCCGUCGGCAGAUCUCCAAAUGGCACAACCUGAGCGAGUACUGAGGGAGGAGCAGAACACCAGCAGGCUGCUGGGACUCCACCAGUGAACAGCACUGGGAAUAAGACUCAGUGUACAGCACACACACACAUACAUACACACCACACACACACACACACACACACACACACACACACACACACACACACACUCUCUUGUGAUCAUAGUUAAACUCUCUCUCUCUCUCUGUCUCUAUUAUCUCUUGACCACCGCGACGUCCUGCAGUUCUUACAAACAAAAGAAACAUGAAGCUCAUCUCGUCACGUCUCCUGGCUGUGUGUGUGUGUGUGUGUGUGUGUGUGUGUGUGUGUGUGUGUGUGACGACGGGGGGAAGGAAUGCUACAUGAUGUAAAAAAGAAAAAAAAGAUUCCCCUCAUGCUGUUGUUGUCAUGCAGCUCAUCGCAUGUCUGUCAAAGAGAAAAGAAAAAGAAAACUGCUGACAUCACACCGACCGAUCGACAGGAACGAAGAACAAGUCCGACUCACUAACACCGCUUCUAACUAAAGGCUCAGUAUAUCCAAGUAUAAAUACUCCUGUAGGACCAGUAAGACCCGGCUUCAGUCCUCCGCCACGUGACGACAGGUGUGGCUGGUUUCAGUCGGCAGCAUGCUCCCUGCCUGCAGUCUGACGCUUCCUCUCGUUUAACAUCGUUUGACUCGUCGCCGCUGCGGCAGAACGUACGUCUGAUCCGCAGGAAGUGGACUGAACAACGUGCCGUCAUACAUCAGCUUCCUGCUUGGCACACUGAGAGACGAUGUAAAAUAAUUGUUUGUAACAUGAAUGAGAUUUAAUUUACAAAAUCCUGCAGACUCUCUGAAGGAAGCAGGAAGCAGCUGUGGUGGCUCGGGGUCGCUUCUCUGUGACAUCACCAGGAAGUCCCUCCUCACAUCUCACUGACGAGUUUCAGGCCAGUGAAGCUGAAAACAGAUUAAUUAGAAGGUCGAGAUCUCAAGUGUCAUGUGUCGGCUGUCCUCCAUCUUACCUCUACACAGGUCAGAUGUUAGCAUGCUAACGUUAGCUGCACAACAGUGACACCUGCAGGUAGUGACCAUAAGUAUUCCAUCUGAUCUGUCAGGCAGAGCUAGUUGAUGUUGUAACCAUGUUAGCAUGACGCUACAUUGGAACUGACCAACAGCUGCUGACGCUGACGAGGUGAUGUCAUCCCCGUCCUCGUUAGUGCUGGCAUGUUGUGACAUCACAGACACGUCACUGACUGAUGCUAAGCUAACUGUUUUCAGAGAGUUUCUGAUCACAGGUCAGCAGCAGGACUUGUGUUCACAUCCUGGAACACGUGAGGACGAGGAUCACCUGACAGGUGUGUCUCAGGUGAUGUCUUUAAUACGUGCAGAUGACCGGAUGGUUAAAUCCUGCGAGAGGUUCUGACCCGAUGAGUCACCGCAGCGCUCCUCUGCUUCCUGUCGUUCUCACCCUGUGUGUUUCUGUCCUGAGCUGCUUCGUAAACCAUUUCUUUGUCCCUGCAGAAAUGAUUUAAUCCACCAGCUGGUGGCACCGGUCCGGUCCGGUCCGGUCUGCUCCGACUGUGAUUGAUUUGAGUGUUUUCUAAAGCCCAGUGGAUGUUUGUCAAAGUGAAGUUGACACUGAGUAUUUAGUUGAUUAUCAGUGACGACAGACUGUUGUGACCUCUGACCUCAGACUGAGUUUCAUCAUCAGCUCGCUAACAUUCAGAUUAAUAACUGUAAACACUAGAUUCACUUUGAGACAGCUGGUUAUUAAAACAUAUUGAUGACUCAUUGAUCUGAUUGGAUCUACUGUGUGGACUGACUGACUGUAGAUUUGUACAGAUAUGAAGAUGUUUGCUGGUUUCCUUCCUGUCUGACGUCCUCGGAGCUUUAGUGUGUUUGAGCGCCUCCUGCUGUAGACCUGGAUGCUAACCUCUGUGUAAGGUUUGUUAACACUUUAAUUGGACGUGCAAAUAAAAACAAGUUAGCCAUGAA